AUGAGAUUUCUCAUCAGAUCAAGUCAACGAUUAGUUGCCGGCAGAUAUGCUGUAAACACCACCAGUAGAGUCUUUACUCGAGGAGCUUUGAUUGGAAGUCGCAGCUAUUCUUCACAAAUUCCUAGCAGCUCGCCUUUAGAGCCUUUAGACACUUAUCUUAGAAGACACAAUGGAUCUUCGUCCCCUAAGUCCAUUGAAACUCUUCUUGAUAAAGUGGGAUACAAAUCGGUCGAUUCCUUUGUCGAGUCCGUAGUUCCAGAUGGAAUUCUUUCAAGACGUCCUCUACAAAUCAGCCCAGAAAACGGACUUUCCGAGUCUCAGCUCACUAGCAGAUUAAGAGAAAUUGCCUCUGAAAAUAAAUUGUACAGAUCUUUCAUUGGUAGAGGUUACUAUGGCACUAUUGUUCCUCCAGUGAUCCAAAGAAACAUUCUGGAAUGCCCUGAAUGGUAUACUUCAUAUACUCCAUAUCAGCCAGAAAUUGCUCAAGGUAGACUUGAGUCUUUAAUGAACUUCCAAACUUUGGUGGCUGAUUUGACUGGAAUGUCAGUUGCAAAUGCUUCGUUGCUGGAUGAGGCUACUGCUGGUGCUGAAGCCAUGGCUAUGGGUUUCCACGCUCUUCGUGGAAAACGCAAGGUUUAUUACGUCGAUGAGAAUGUCCACAGCCAGACUAUUAGUGUUUUGAAGACUAGAGCCAAGACUUUAGGUAUUGAGGUUGUCAUUGGCUUGCCCAAGGAUGAGGCCGAGUUCAAGAGCUCAUUUGGUACUUUGAUCCAAUAUCCAGGUGCUAAUGGUAAUAUCGAGUCUCCUGAAUACUAUCAACAAUUGUCAGACAAGGUCCACGGCAGUGGUGGUGUCCUUGCUGUUGCUACUGAUUUGCUUGCUUUGACUGUGUUGAAGGCCCCAUCUUCGUUUGGUGCUGAUAUUGUGUUUGGUAACUCGCAAAGAUUCGGUGUUCCUUUUGGAUAUGGUGGACCCCAUGCUGCCUUCUUCGCUGUUGCUGACUCUGAAAAGAGAAAGAUGCCUGGUCGUCUCAUCGGUCGUAGUAAGGACCGUUUGGGCAAUCCUGCUUUCAGAUUGGCUCUUCAAACUCGUGAACAACACAUUCGUCGUGAAAAGGCUACUUCCAACAUUUGUACGGCCCAAGCCCUUCUCGCAAACAUGGCCGCUAUGUAUGCUGUCUACCAUGGACCUGAAGGUUUGAAGAACAUUGCCAACCGUGUCUACAGUCUGACCACUUACUUGGCUUCUCAAAUCGAGUCCUCUUCGUCUCAUUCCCUUGUCAACAACAAAUGGUUUGAUACUUUGACUGUUAAACUGGGCGGUGUUACUGCCGACGAGUUCCUUGCCAAGGCUCGUUCUGAGUAUCAAAUUAAUCUUUUCAAGGUUGAUGAUUCUUCUGUCUCAGUUGCUCUUGACGAGACUGUUACUGCCAAGGAUGUUUCUGACCUGGUAUCUCUUUUCACUGGCUCUACUGUUGGAUUAACCACUCUUAGUGCUGCUGAUGUUCAAUACACCAGUGUUCCUGAAGACCUCGCUAGAACUGGCAAGAUCCUUCAGUUUGCCGUUUUCAACACUCACCACUCUGAGACCGAGUUGCUCCGUUAUAUCCACCAUCUUCAGUCUAAGGACCUUUCCCUUGCCAAUUCCAUGAUUCCUCUCGGCAGUUGUACCAUGAAGCUGAAUGCUACCGUACAAAUGGCUCCAGUUACCUGGCCCGAGUUUGGUCAAAUCCACCCUUUUGCUCCUAUCGAUCAAGCCAAGGGAUAUCAGACUCUUGUUAGUGAAUUAGAAGCCGAUCUUGCUGAUAUCACUGGUUUUGAUGCUACCUCGCUUCAACCUAACUCGGGUGCUCAGGGUGAAUUUGCCGGUCUCAAGGUCAUCCGUGCCUACCUCGACUCUAUUGGUCAAGGUCACCGUGAUAUCUGUAUUAUUCCUGUUUCUGCCCAUGGAACCAACCCAGCCUCUGCUGCCAUGGCUGGUUUCAAGGUCGUUUCUGUCAAGUGUACCAACAAUGGAGAGCUUGACUUGGUCGAUUUAGAAGCUAAGGCUGAGAAGUACAAGGAUAAGCUUGCUGCUACUAUGAUUACCUAUCCUUCUACUUAUGGUGUGUUCGAGCCUGGUGUGAAGAGAGCCAUUGAGAUUGUCCACUCUCAUGGAGGUCAAGUAUACAUGGAUGGAGCCAACAUGAAUGCACAAAUCGGUCUCACUUCUCCCGGUGAGAUUGGAGCUGAUGUAUGCCACUUGAACUUGCACAAGACUUUCUGUAUUCCUCACGGUGGUGGUGGUCCAGGUGUCGGUCCUAUCUGUGUCAAGUCUCAUCUCCAACCUUUCCUUCCUAGCCAUGACACUGUUGCUGUUACCUCUGCUAGUUCCGAUGGUCGUGCUGUAGACUCUGUUUCGGCUGCUCCAUAUGGUUCUGCCAGUAUCUUGCCUAUUUCCUGGGCCUAUAUCAAGUUGAUGGGUGCCAGUGGUCUCAAGAAAGCCACCGAGUUGGCUCUUCUCAAUGCCAAUUAUAUGAAGGCUCGUGUUGGCGAGCACUUCCCAGUUGCCUAUACCAAUGCUGAGGGUCGAUGUGCUCACGAGUUCAUUGUUGAUUUGCGAGGAUUCAAGAGUACCAGUGGUAUUGAGGCCAUUGAUGUUGCCAAGAGACUUCAAGAUUACGGAUUCCACGCCCCCACCAUGUCGUGGCCCGUUCCAAACACUCUUAUGAUCGAGCCCACUGAAAGUGAGUCUAUUGCUGAAUUGGAUCGUUUCUGUGAUGCCCUCAUCUCUAUUAGAAAGGAAAUUGCUGACAUUGAAGAGGGCCGUGUUCCCAGAGAGAACAAUGUUUUGAAGAACGCCCCUCACUCACAACAGGAUCUUCUUACCAGCGAGUGGGACAGACCCUACACCCGUGAGCAGGCUGCCUACCCCCUUCCUUACCUCCGUGAAGCCAAGUUCUGGCCUUCCGUCACUCGUCUGGACGACAACUACGGAGACCUCAACCUCUUCUGCUCAUGCGACCCUGUCGAGGCCAUUGAGUAG